AUGGCCGAUUAUUCCGACUACGGUUAUCAACAACCUCAGGCCUCUUCAACAACAGGCUCACAAUGGUUCCCCGAAAUGUCGUCUGAUCAACUUUCCAACGCCCAAAUGCAGGACUGGAUGCGUGCUUUCCCUCGGCCGCGACAAAAUCGGGUCAUGAAGCCCCGUAGUGCAGGGAACAGCCCGUCGUCGGCCGUCCGGAGACGCACCGCCAUCGCUCAGAAUGGCAUGUAUGGAAUGCCCAACCAGUAUCAUCAGUCAGCCCUGGAGGCGGCAAUCCUCGCCUCGAACGCGCAGAACACUCGACCCAUCUCCUGGCAUCCCUCCUCGGCCAGGACCCGCGGGUUCUCUAACCCAAUCCGCCUGCCUGAUUAUGCCUCGGAGGCUUUCGUGACGAUGACCAUGCAAGAUCAGCCCAUGCACGGCCUACCCACUGACAGCAUGAUGUCUUACCCUGUCUCCGCGGGUCCAACUUUCUCAACUGGAUAUUUCCCCGAAUAUGCGGACAUGCAGGAUUCCCUGGCCUUUCAGCAACAGACGCCCUCGCUUUCCGUGGCUGGCUCGCAGGUCGAGCCAAUCACUUGGGAUACCACUGCCAACGCUGACUUCUCGGGAAUCGACCAAUCUACGUCUGAUGGCUGGACCCUGGACAUGCUCUCGAUGGCCAACAACAUUCCUCCAGCAGAGACAACUUGCCCCAGCUACGCCAGUGUGCCCUCCCCCGGUGAAAUGAGUGGUCCAUCAACACCGGACUUCCUUCCCAUUCAGCAUUUUGAUGACGAGUCAGCAUUUACUCAGAAGAAAGUCGGCAAGCCCGAGGAAGAGCUUGUUGGUAUGGGCUUGUACAGCCACCCCAGCAAUGCUCUUGGCCAAAUCCACCAGGGAACUCUGGGCAAGGGGCUGAAGCUCGAGGAAACCUUUUCGCCAUCAGACGAUGAAAAUGACGACGAGGCCGAUGCCGAGGGUGAGGUGGAUGAUGAGGUCAACGAUUUCGGUUCGACUCAACCUCAGUUCAGCCCGCAAGAGCAGCUCCCCAUGGCGCAGCCCUCGAACUUCCCAAUCCCGAAACAGUCAUCCAAGCAAGCCCUCAACCUCUUGCACAAAUCCUUUUUCUUUGAUAACGACGAUUCCGACCAGCAUGUCAGGGCUCCCGUGCAGCGUUACCCCGACUUGACCCAACCCUGCAUGACCUAUGGUUACUAUCGGGUCUGA